CGUGUGCUACAGGUGGGAGAUGCUAUGGUGACCAGCGAGCUGAGAUAAGGGGGGACUUUACCUAUUGACCAGCUGAGCAUCUUUGAAUAGUCACCUGAGUGUACAGUUCAAUAAACAAACUAGGCAUUGUGUUAUAUUUCCGUUUUCUGUGAUGUAUAUAAAGUGUAAACUCUAUAUCAGACAUUGUACAGGUACCUUCAAUUUAAGCCCAUAAUGUGUGUAAGGUGUAUACUUUUGUCUCAGAGUAGAGUUGUUUAAGACUACCAAGAAAUGCUCUGUGUGGACCACUGCUACCGCGGUAAAAAGGUUAAGGGACAACUAAUUUUCAUAUCACAGUUCCUCAUCCACAUGUUAAAACAUGACAUACAUAUAGUUUUUUAGAUAAAUAGCCUAAUAAAGUCCUGAAAAAUAAAAUUAAUUCAGAGUUUUCAUAGAUAAAAAUGUAAUAAUGCAAAUUCUGGAACUUUGAUAUUUUGCAACUCUGGUGAGGACUGACCGCUUAAAAUGAAUUCUAGUAUAGUCCAGUAAUUGGGAGGGACAACCUCGCUCUCUCUUACCUUAACUUUCCUCAUCCACCUGCCAAAGACCCUCCCUAUAUUAAAGAGAAAAUCCCCCUCAUUGACUGCACAUAGUUCCUGAAGACUUCAACUAGCUGCUAAACACUUGACAUUAGAGAACGACAUGCAAAAAGACAAGGUUUUAAGAAUGAAAGUUGUCCUACUAAUGCUGUCUUUGUGCCUCAUACUGUCUGGGGCACAAGGUGAGGGGGCCAGUUUAUCUAACAGUCAGGUUGAAACCUGCUCCUUCAUCAGUGAGCUGGCUGUGCUGAAGGAAAAACUGAACACCAUGGAUCAGAAGCUAGGAGUUGUGGAGACCAGGCUACAAGUCAGUGAGAGCCAGGUGGAAGAACUGAAAAGUGUGAACAAAGCUCAAGAAGAAGAACUGAAAACAUUAAAGAAAGACAUAGCCGCUGGUCAGCCAAAGGUGGCCUUCUCCGCAGCUCUAAGAACAUCUGGUUCUGGUUACAUAGGACCCUUCAACACUCACACACCCUUGCAGUACAAAAGAGUCUUCUCCAACUUCGGCAGUGGAUACAACGCUGCUACAGGGGUCUUCACAGCCAUGGUCAAAGGAGUGUAUUACUUCCGCUACACCAUGUUCUACAAUGGAAACGCCAACGCUGUCGUGGUUUUGAUGAAGAACGAGGAAUUUCUCGUGUCCACAUGGGAUGCUACGUCAGGAAGUAGUGAAGAUUCCGCCAGCAAUGCUGCCAUAGUGCAGCUGGAGGUGGGAGACAAUGUCUUCGCCCGUCUCUCAGCUAACAGGAGAGUCUACGAUGAUGGUGGAAACUACAACACCUUCAGUGGUUUUCUGCUCUUCAUCAACUAAUAUUAACAAGUUUACAUUUCAUUUAGCUGUAAACAGAAGUGUUUUCAGAAAUUCUAUCACAACUCUAUGAAAGUUUUAAAAAGUCUAGUUGUACUCUUUGAACUGUACUGUUGACACUGGGCUGGGUGUAUUUGACAAACAUAUUUCUUGCAUCAUUGUGACUGGUGCCCUGAUCAAAAGUCAUGGUCUACUGUAGUAGUUGUGAUUUGGGUUAACCCUUCACACUCAUACCCGGGUUAAAAAUGGCAGAUUUCAGGCACUGAGCCUAAAUUGGAAUGCAGUGGCUGUACAGUAACAUUCUAUACAUGAUGUCAGAGCUCAGGCUCUUCACAGGUUGACUGACAGCCAUUGUGAUAUUGAACACCACAUGCGACAAUAAGCUGCCCCCAUCACUCCCGCUAAGUGGGCAAAUUUUCCACAUUUCUUGUGAAUAAUCAUAACACGGUUGAGAUUUGAAGUAUAAAUGAGCCAUAUCCCUGCGAGUGAGAAAGAUUCAACUAGCAACAUAUUAAAGAUUCUCUAAUUUUGCGUAACAGGGUGGCCAUUUGUGAGGGGUGUUUAUAUUUUUUUGCACCAUUGUUUUACCACCGAAUAAAUUAUGACACUUCCUACAACGACA